CCAAGAUGGAGGCGGCAGCUCGGGGGUGCUGAGGGGCCGGCCCGCGUGGGAGCGAGUGGAGCCUGUGUUUCCAGGGCGGCGGCGGCUCCUUUUGCCGGUGGGCAGCGUGUGCUGCCCAGCCUGACCCCGCGCCAUGCCUCACAAGAAGAAGAAACCCUUCAUAGACAAGAAGAAAGCGGUAACGUUUCACUUGGUGCACAGGAGUCAGAGGGACCCACUUGCUGCUGAUGAUACGGCACCCCAGAGGGUUCUGCUGCCUACACAGAAAGGGCAUGAGGAGCAAAGGAGGGAAGAGCAGCGGAAGUAUGGAGUCUUCUUUGAUGAUGACUAUGACUAUUUGCAGCAUCUGAAGGAAGCCUCUGGUCCCUCUGAGCUUGUCCCUUCUGUGCGUGGACAGCAAAGCAGAAUUGUUGUCACAAGUGAGGGGCACAUAGAAGACGAAAUUCAGCGAGUAUCAGCUCCAUCUAUUAAGUUGCCUUCCUCGGUAUUUGCCACAGAGUUUGAAGAGGAUGUGGGCUUGUUAAAUAAAGCUGCUCCUGUUUCAGGACCACGACUUGAUUUUGACCCUGAUAUUGUUGCGGCUCUUGACGAUGAUUUUGACUUUGACAAUCCAGAAAAUAUUCUGGAAGAUGAUUUUGUUCUACAAGCAAAUGAACCACGGAAAGGGGGAUCAGAUGCUGAGGAUGAAGAUGAAUGGGAAGAUGUGGAGGAAGAUAGUGAUGAAAAGGACAGUUGCAGUAAUGAUUCAGAAGGUCCUUUCUCAGAUGAUGGGAUUAAUGGACGGCCAAAAGAAUUCCUUUUUAUGCAAGAGGAAACCAGGAGUCGUUUCACAGAAUAUUCUAUGAGCUCUUCAGUAAUAAGAAGGAACGAGCAGCUGACCCUGUUGGAUGACAGAUUUGAGAAGUUCUUUGAGCAAUUUGAUGAAGAUGAAAUUGGAGCCUUGGAUAACGUGGAGUUGGAAGGCUAUAUUAACACGGACAAUGCCCGGUUGCAGGAAGUCCUGAAUGAUUACUACAAAGAGAAAGCAAAGAAUUGUGUGAAAUUGGAUACUCUUGAACCCUGUGAAGAGUUAGACUCUCCUAUGAAUGAAGAAAGUGAGGAAGAAAAGGAAGAAACAGUAGCUGUAGUUAUUGAAGAAUCAAAAGAAAAAUGGGAUUGUGAAUCCAUUUUGAGUACAUAUUCAAACUUAUAUAAUCACCCAACACUUAUCAAGGAGCCAUCAAAGCCCAAACCAAUAAAAAUUUCCCAGAAGACUGGAAUCCCCCUACAUAUCUUGCCUCAGAAAGGUCUCACAGCUAAGCAGGUCGAACGCAUGCAGAUGGUUAACGGCAGCGACCUGCCAAGAGCAUCCACACAGCCCCGUGCCAAAGACGAGAGCAAAGAGGAUCGAAAAGCUAGAAAACAGGCAAUAAAAGAGGAGCGAAAGGAGCGCAGGAUGGAGAAGAAAGCCAAUAAGCUGGCCUUCAAAUUGGAGAAAACAAGGCAAGAAAAGGAGUUGCUCAAUCUGAAACAAAACGUUCAGGGACUGAAGCUGUCUUGAUGGGACUGAGGAACGUAUUGUGGAAACAUCCUUAUGUUCUCACUUGUAUUGAGAAGGGAACUGGGAACUCAGAGCGCUGCCAGUCGUGCACAAAGGGGGUUAUUCAGAUAUUACUGUAACAAGAACCAGUAACUUGUUCUUUCUGAACCGAAGUUACACAUAAAACAGUGUAUUAAUGAUGUCUGUUCUGUCAUGAGUGACAUGACAACUCUUGCAAAGUUUCAUUACAGUAGAAAUAUAUUAAAAUUAUAAAAAAAUAUUUUUCUUACAAGCUUUCACUGGACAAGUUUUAUAUAUAUUUUGAAUGCAUUCAGCAAAUCAGCAGAAUCUACAGAUCUGAUCUGAUUAGAUUCUUCUAUUAAAUUAUUUCAGUUUACAAAGCAAUGUAUCCAUUUAUGUCUUCUCUCCCUUAUACUGAUGGUUAAAUAUAGUGCCUUGAUACAGCACAGCUUUGUAAGUCAAGGAGUUUUCACCCACUCCUUAAUCUUUCCUGGGUCGGUUAUUUAUUGUUUGGGUACUAUUAUGAAAGGUGUAAAAUAAUCUUUUGUAAACAGAGGUGUCUGACAAGCUGUUGUGUGGGUAGACAUCCCUGUUACCUAACUCGAGUUUUACAUUUCUGAGCAAAUAAAAUCUGUCGCAACAAGUGUG